AUGGGUAAGGUGCACGGAUCUCUCGCCCGUGCCGGAAAGGUCAAGUCGCAGACUCCCAAGGUACGUGAAGAUGAUGGAACGAGAGAAAGAGAGUGUGAGGUGUGAGGGGGAGAAGAGUCGCAAUACUGAUGCGGAUUCGGAUGACAGGUCGAGCCACAAGAGAAGAAGAAGACCCCCAAGGGCCGCGCGAAGAAGAGAAUCACAUACACCCGCCGUUUCGUCAACGUCACCAUGACCGGCGGCAAGCGGAAGAUGAACCCCAACCCAACCUCGUAA